GGUGACUGGGAAUUGGUUUUUGCUGUGCUCUGCUCGCGACGUCAAAUUUUUGCUGUGACGAUCAUUCUCCACUCUGUGCGCACACGUUCUGGAUGAACAAGUGAUAUCUCUCAUAUCUACUGAAUUACUUUGAUCUGUUGCUUGUCAUAGAGCCAAACGAAUCAUGUAUUCGCUGAAAUGUUUUGCUGUUUUGGCCAUCACUUAUGCCAUCACAGUGUUAGGAUCUCACAUCUGCCCGUCUGAACCCGCUGUCAAAUGUUCCUGCCCACCUCAGUGGCAAUUGUGGCAGAACGGGUGUUAUCGCCUGACUCCUUCAGAACAUAAUUGGGAAGGCGCCAAGACAGCUUGCCAAGACAUGGGAGGCAAGAUGGCCGCUCCUCGCUCGUUCGAGGAAAUGAACUUCAUGACAAAAAUGGCACGAAAGGCGGACAGUAGCUACUACGCUUGGAUUUCUUGCAAAGACAGAGAAGUUGAAGGAACUUGGGAGUGUGAUGGUCAGGAAGGAGGCGAGCCCUUCUUGGUAUGGGAUGAUGGGCAACCAGAUAAUUGGGGAGACAAUCAAGAUUGUGUUCUCAUAUCAGCACAUCAUAAUGACAGGAUGGAUGAUGAUGGCUGUUGGGUUCGCCGGAGGGCUUUUUGUGUUCGCAAGGCUCACUGCACUCAUCUCCCAACCCAGCCCAGUCAAUACUGCCUCUCUACCGACACUCACGGCCGCAUUCUCAACUCAACCUGCCUCCUCGACCACAGCAUCCGGCAGUUUAUCACUCAGGGCGUGGCCGCCUGUGGCUCAGCCUGCGCCAAGGAGUCCGAAUGUCGAUCCUUCAACAUCAAGAAAACCGAAGACGGGAAGAAAAUAUGCCAGCUGAACAACAGCACAAGCUCCGAAGAUAAGGACAAGUUUCAGAAGACCGAUUACUUCUGUUUGUACUCAGAAGUGUGUUUUGGCUAACUACGU